AGGAAGUGCAUAUCAUAAAUGUUUUUUCAAAGCCUUCACAAGAAUCUAGAUAAUCUAAUCAUAAAUUAACAGAACUCAGCAGGAUCAUGUGAGGGUUGUGGAUACACCUGCAGCUCCACCCCGCAUGAGGGAGUAUCCAGGUGUGGGCUCUCUAUAAAUACAUGCAUGCAUCUGAUAAUGAGUCAAAACACUUGAGACCCUUGACAGUUGACUAACUUCUCUUAGUGACAAUGGCAAGUCAAGAUAAUUCAGGAUGGAGCCCUCCAGAGGACGCUACUGAUUCAACUCAGAAGAUUUGUGCUCCGGUGAAGGGUCAAGUGGAGAUAGAAACCAGCCAAAACUAUGGGGUGUACAAAGCAGUGCAAUACCGGAAACAAAUGAUGGGAAGAAAGAACUUCACCAUAAAGGUCUUUGUUGGAGGGGAGAGCUACAUUCAUCUGGGUGUUUUCCAACAACUUCCUGGUGAUGGAGGAAAGGUUGAGCUAGUCAACAUUGAAGUGGGAAAAACCAAAGACGACCCCCUCGGCACUUUUUAACGUUGACAUGACCUUUUUCAACAGUGUAAUACUUAAAGGCAGCAGUCUGAUAUUAAAAUGCUCUUCUUCUUUAUCCUGAAAUGAUUAAACAAUGAUUUUGAAUCUGUCACACAGAGAUACAGAUAUUUGGUGUUGGGUAGCAGCAAGUUCAACGCAUUCCUUUUAAAUAAAUAAUAAAGAAAG